UUUAAAGCCACAACCCCAAAGUGCGCCAGCGGAAUAGUGCCUGGCAACACCACCGCACUGUGCGCCGACUGCCUCUGGAUUAACGACGUAUUACAGCGGUGCCAGGAUUACACAACUCCCAAGAGCCACAUCAAGACAUGGGGUGGUCCAUUGACAUCAGAGAAGCCUGAAGUGCAGAGCUGUUUGAUGUAAAUGAAUGUAGACCUGGACAACAUCUGUCUGAAUGAUGCAUUUUACUUCUCCAAAGAUUUUAUUCUAAGUACCAAGAGCAGAGCAGCCAUUACCCUUCAGUGCAUCACUUGAAUGGAAAUAUGGACACCGUCAAUGGAGGAAAUUUAACUCAACAUGUCCAGGAACUAUGAGCCUGGUCACUCAGUAGGGAUGUUGGCUGCUGUGGAACAUGGUCCCAUCCUUUGCAGCGACUCCAACAUCCUCUGCCUCUCGUGGAAAGGCAGGGUCCCCAAGAGUGAAAAGGACAAGCCAGUGUGCCGGAGGCGGUACUAUGAGGAGGGCUGGCUCGCCACGGGGAACGGAAGAGGAGUUGUUGGGGUGACGUUUACAUCGAGUCACUGCAGGAGGGACAGAAGCACACCUCAGAGAAUCAAUUUUAACCUGCGAGGACACAACAGCGAGGUUGUCUUGGUGCGUUGGAAUGAACCCUUUCAGAAGCUGGCCACCUGCGAUAUGGAAGGAGGUAUUUUUGUGUGGAUCCAGUAUGAGGGAAGAUGGUCAGUAGAGUUAGUGAACGACCGAGGAGCCCAGGUGAGUGACUUCACGUGGUCGCAUGAUGGCACUCAAGCCCUCAUCGCGUACCGCGAUGGCUUCGUGUUAGUCGGCUCGGUCAGCGGACAAAGACACUGGUCCUCUGAGAUUAACCUGGAGAGUCAAAUCACCUGUGGCAUCUGGACGCCUGAUGAUCAACAGGUCUUGUUUGGUACAGCAGAUGGCCAGGUGAUAGUGAUGGACUGUCACGGACGAAUGCUUGCCCAUGUUCUGUUACACGAGUCGGAUGGGAUCGUGAGCAUGUCCUGGAACUGCCCCGAUUUCCUGGUCGAGGACAGCACAGAGAGCGACACAGACUCUGAUGACAAUAUUCUGCCUUUUGUGCGAAGAGUCAAGCCGUUGUUGACAGUCACCUUCCUAUCAGGAGAUAUCAGUUUAAUGAACAACUAUGACGACCUCUCUCCUGCCGUGAUUCGCUCAGGGCUGAAAGAUGUUGAGGCCCAGUGGUGCUCCCAGGGAGACCUCCUGGCUGUGGCCGGCAUGGAGAGACAUGGGCUUCCUGUCGACUCUAUUAUGAGAAACGCCCUUGUUAAGUUCUACAACGUCCAAGGGGAGCACAUCUACACGUUGGAAACACCGGCACAGAGACCCAUCACCACCAUAUGUUGGGGCCACAGAGACUCUCGUCUGUUUCUUGCAUGUGGACCAGCACUGUAUGUGGUGCGUGUGGAGCACAGGGUGGCCAGCCUCCAACUUUUAUGCCAGCAGGGCAUCGCCAGCGCCCUGCGCGAGGAGAAGGAUGUGGGGAAACUGAACAUGCCCUCGCUGCUCUGCUCUUAUGUCACCACUGCUUUUAUACCCACAAUCAAGCCCCCAAUCCCUGACCCCAACAACAUCCGUGACUUUGUCAGCUAUCCCACAGCUGGGAAUGAAAGGCUCCACUGCACCAUGAAGCGAGCAGAGGACAGCCCAAAAGAAACUUUCUAAAACCUCUACCUAAGACAGGCGCACGCCGCUUCACUUUUUUUAAAAAAUAAUUUGAAAGGGGGGGGCCCUUUUUUAAAAAAAAGGCGCUUUUUUAAACCCCCCCUUUUUUUUUUUUUUUUUAUUAAAAAAAAAAACAAAAAAAAAGGGGAGGUGUGUGUGAAUCCCAUGAUCUCAUACACUGACAGCUGUAACUGCUCUGACUCCAGUGACAUUGAGUUGAGUGAUGAGUGGGUCGGGAAGAAGUCACCAAAGUUUUCCCGAGGAAACAGGAUGAACAUGGAAUCUAGAAAAUCUCCCAAACUUUCACGCACCAAUCAGGAAGGACAACGGUCGCCACGGUUACCAACAAAGAAGCCUCCAGUUCGCUCUCCCAGUCUGACACGUCGAGAGUUCUCUAUGGAUGGGAUCACAGAGCACAACUACCUAGCUCAAGUCACAUCCAACAUUUGGGGGACAAAAUUCAAAAUUGUUGGACUUGCUUCUUUUCUCCCUGCCAAUCUUGGUGCAGUCAUCUAUAAGACAAGUCUGCUACAUCUACAACCGAGACAGAUGACAAUCUACCUUCCAGAAGUGCGCAAGAUUUCUCAUGACUUUAUGAGCCUGCCUGUGUUCAACCACAAUGUGUUCAGUGAGGAUGAGGAUGACUUACCAGUGAUGGGGCCAUCUGGAGUGGCAGGAGAGAAUCCUCCCUGUACAGUCAACAUUCCCAUUGCUCCCAUCCACAGCCCGGCUCAGGCAAUGUCUCCAACUCAGAGUAUCGGCCUGGUUCAGUCUCUUCUGGCCAAUCAGAACAUUCAGCUCGAUGUCCUGACCAACCCUACAGCCACGGCAGCAGCUGCUGCUGUGGCGGCGGCAGCGGCAGCAGCUUCUGUCCCUGUUACCGAUCACGGGCAGGAUGCGGUUCAAACACCGUAUCCCAUGCCGACUACAUACUCGAACCCUGGUCAAGCCAUCUUCAAUGGGCUGGAGAUGGGUCCUCUUCUCCCUGGCACUCUUCCUCCCCCACCUCCACCUCACCAUCUCCCACCGCAGCCUCACCCGCCGCGCUCGCAUUCGCAGCAGCCGCGUCAACUGCCGUCCAAACAGUCCCAACAAAUGCAGACACAGACGCAGAAAAUGCAUCACCAUCAACAGCAGCAGCAGCAGCAGCAGCAACAACAACACCAUCAUCAGUCGCAAUCACAGCAGCAGCAAUUACAGCAGCAGCAGUUACAGCAGCAGCAGUUACAGCAGCAACAUCAACAGCUCCAGCUGCAACAGCAACAGCUCCAGCAACUGCAGACGCUCCAUCAGCAACAGCAGCAGCAACAUCAGCAUCAGCAGCUUCAGGUCCAGCAGCAACAGCAAAUCCAACAGAACCCCACGCACCAACAGCUGCACCACCAGCAGCAGAUCCAGCAGCAGCAGCAGCAGAUGCAGCUGCAGCACGAGCAGAUGCAGCAGCAGCAGCAGCAGAUGCAGCAGCAGCAGCAGCAGAUCCGCCAGCAGAUCCAGGAGAUGAGGCAGCAGCAGCAGCAGCUGCAGCAGCAGCACCAGCAGAUCCAGCAGCAGCACCAGCAGAUGCAGAGGCAGCACCAGCAGAUGCAGCAGCAGCUGAAGAUGCAGAUGACGCUGCCGCCUCCUCCGUCCGGCUAUCCGACUAUUUCGCUACACCAGAUUCAUCUCCUGCCUCCUCCUCCUCCUCCUCCGACCACCGAGCCGGGGUUCGCCAGGGGGGAGCACGGACACACCCUUAAGCCGAGUCUGCCGCGGACUUUGCCCCCCUUCAGUGACAUGGACGGAUCUGUGGAGAUUCACAUGAGGAAGGUGAACCCUCCUCCUCCAUACCCGGGCACCGUGGUGUCCGCGGCGGCGGCCGCCGCUACAGCCGUCGCUGCGCCUCAAACUCUGGUCACAAACUGCGACAGCCCGAGCGUCCUGUCGCCAGAGCUCUGCCUGAAGAAGGAUGAGUUUUUGCUUCACCCUGUCACUUUACAGUACCCGACUCCCCUGGGGUAUGAGAGGAUCACGACGUUUGACAGCAGCGGCAACGUGGAGGAGGUUUGUCGGCCCCGCAGGCGCCUCGUUCGCAACCAAAAUGCGUACGCUGUUCACGGCUCGGCCACGCUCAAAGUCACUUCCUCUGAGAAUAAAAAAAUUCAGCUUCCCUACAGCUCAGCGACACUGAGUCGUCUCUCUGUCCCUCGCUACUCGAUACCUAGCGGAGACCCUCCUCCUUACCCUGACCCGGCCAAUCAAGUAUCUGCUGCACUUCCUCCUCCCCAGAGAAUUGAUAGCAGUCUGAUUCAUGCCACGCUACGUCGUGACCGCAGGGACGUGGGACUCAAAGUGCCACAGAUGAUGGAGAGCUCAAGAACCCUACCCACCAAGGCUAAAAUGAACAGUGCACUAGCACUUACCUACCAGCAGAGGGUGCCCACUGCAUUGUACACAUGCACACAGUGCAGCAGUAACAGCAGCAGCACCAGUGUCAGCGUUAGUGGCGGCGGGACCACAAGUAGUGGCAUUGCAGGUGGCACGGUGGUGAGGCAGGACUUCCCACCAGGGAAAGGAGCACAUCACAGUACCAUUAUCGUGCACUCCAAAAGUACCUCGCCCAUGUCCUCCCAGUCGUCUUACAGUCUGCUGAGUGCUGUCGACAACAGCAGGGACAGAACAGUGUACGUUAACUCUGCCUUCACGGAAGAUGAGACUUUAAAUCAGCAGUGUCACCUUGAGAAAUCUGUGCGUCAGCUGACUCUCGGCGAUGUUAGUUUGACAGUUAAACGCCCUCCGCCUUACCAGUGGGACACCUCCACCACCGAGGAGUUCUGGCUCACUCCAGAACAAACAAUGCUAGGCCCGCCACCAGCACCUCACAAACCGCCUCCGCUCAUCAUCAGUCAAGCUCAGCACUUGGACAUGACUCGGCUGCCGUUUGUCCUCACGACUAAAGCUCCAACCAGUCAGACCACGAGCACUCUCACUUUCCCGUCAGGUUACCAGAUAUCUCUCUCGCCUUUUCCUCCGAGCGUGGGCCACAGCGGUUCUCCACUUCAGACCUUGCAGAACCCUUCACCUCAGUGCUCUCCGAAUGAAGCGGUUGGUUCGGUCCCUUUUGCUCAGCAGGAAUCCAACUUGGUCUUGCCACCAGGCUAUGCUCCAAGUCUUGCUAACUUGGCCUGCUGCCCUCUCCCGCCGAUGUAUCCAGGCGCCAGCUCAUGUGCUGGACUUCAGCUGCACCCCGUCAGCCUUCACCCCUGGAACCCUUACCCCUGCCCGCCUCCCAUGCAGGACCCUCCAGCACCUCCCCUCCCUACCAAAACUCAUCAGAUCUUAGAGAAGCCCAUUCUCUCCCCGCCACCUCCUACUGGGCCACCCCCCCCCCCCCCCCCCCCCCCUCCUCCUCCACCUACAGAGCUACCACCAUCCAAAAGUGCCACAGAAGAUCUAGCGGAGUCUGCCAACAACUUUCUGGAGCCAUCGUCCCUGAAUGAAAGCCCUGUGCCGCAGGAGUCCGAGCGCUUCAACAAGAAGAGCCGCAAAAGACUGGACAGCAGGGCCGAGGAAGCCAACAUGCCCACCGUCUCCGAGGGCAAAUCUAGAAAGGAAGGGCGUGCGCUCUCUGACUUCAACACUCUCAUUUCCAGCCCAAGGCUCGGCAGCAGAGAGAAGAAGAAGCCCAAGGGGCAGAGAGAGCAACUCAAUAAAACCAAGAAAAUGAGCAGGACCACAAAUGAGUUCCAGGAUAGCUCCGAGAGCGAGCCGGAGCUGUUUAUUAGCGGCGAUGAGCUCAUGAACCAGAACCAGAGUAGUAAGAAGAGCUGGAAGAACAAGCGAAGCCUGCGUAUGGCGACUGAGCUGGAGGAGAUAAAGUGCCGCAAGGCAAAUGAAAGAGAGGACCGUAGUUUGGGAAGCCAAGGGUUUGUCUAUGUUAUGGCCAAUAAACAGCCAUUGUGGAAUGAAGCCACCCAGGUCUACCAGCUUGAUUUUGGAGGACGAGUCACACAGGAGUCUGCAAAGAAUUUUCAAAUUGAGCUGGAUGGUAGACAGGUGAUGCAGUUUGGGCGAAUUGAUGGGAAUGGCUAUAUCUUGGAUUUCCAGUAUCCUUUCUCAGCAGUGCAGGCAUUUGCUGUUGCCUUGGCCAACGUGACUCAAAGGCUGAAGUGAAAAGGUUUUGGGCUGUUGUAGACCAAUUCAAAGGAAACCACAAUGAUCUAGCACCCCGAUGUGUGGGGCUAAAGCUGGGAAUGUCAGUGUUCCGGCGGUUCUUUUUAAUAUACGAGGUGGUGUUGCACAUGCAGACAAUUUACAAUCGGUCUGUUGAAGGCAAUGUCAUUCUCGGUCGGGGGUCAUGGAGACUACACCAGUUACUUCAUACUUUCUAGUUCAUAUGUUGAAUGUACUCAAGCUAAUUUUACUUAGUAUUCAAAUGUUAUUUAGUGAAGUAAAAAAUGUCAACCUUCCCUGGAUAAACAAAGGGUUAACUGAGUACAUGUUGGAAUGGAUUUUAAAAGCAUUGUGAAGGUUUAGUACCAUGUGGUGCCAUCUUCCAAAGGACUGCUUAUUCAAUGUAUUUCAAAUUAAUAAACAAAAUGUAUUUGAUGUUAAUAAAAAUAUACACAGCAAAUAUCUAUAUUGUUAGGAAGGAUUGCAUUCAAAAUUACAAAUGCAUUUUCACAAAGCCAUACCAUAUAUGAUAAAAACACUGCAUUCAUUUAAGUCAAGCACUUAAAAAUGUAUACGGUUCUAUUAUGCAUAUCAAACUGAUUGUUAAUGUGUUUUUCCAAUACCUUUAUUUGUAUCUUUAUUCUUAAUUCCAAUCACAUUUGUUUGAGGCAAUGAUUAGAUUUUUAGUCUGUUUUAUUAGCUUAAUGUCCUCUACAUUAUGUUCAAAUUGCUUAACAUGCAAUCAAAGAAUAUAAUGAUUCUGCAACUCCAACAUUAAGAGUUGACCACAGUUUAUAUCAUAGUUUGUGUAUUUUUUAUUCAUGAUACUUCCGUGAAGUGGUGCAAUGAACAUAGCAAAUCAUAUUAUUUUGACCACUAUACUGCAAAUCAUUCAGUCAGAGCCGUUAUGAUCUGACAAUGUCUUUUUCUUUUUUUCAUGUGUAAAUAAAUGUACAUGUCCCUUUUCUUUUCCAAAACUCCCCUCUACAAUUGUGAGUUAAUAACUUUAUGUGUGCCAAAUAGUCAAAUGCAUUCGGUUGAAAGUAAGUUAGUGGGGAAGAUUGUAGAAAACGGCCCACUCGCCGCAAACAAAACUGUGCAUAAGCACAGAGAUCCUCUCAGAGAAUCUCAGACUCGGUUGGCUCUGUUGUUUUCAUUGGGUGUUUAUGAUGCUACUACAUCAGUAGUUUGCCUCGUUGGAAAUCAGUGCUGCUUUAGAUAGAUAGAUAGAGCUUGUGUGCAAUAACGCUACCUACAUAGAACUGAUGUCGUACUUGCAAAGGAAAAUGCAAAAGCUGCUUGCACUGUGUAUUUAGUAAAUGACUUAUCAUUAUAUGCUUAGAAAAGUGUGCCUAUAUGUUGCUAAUUUCAGUAAUUUUGUAAUUCACCUUUGCUUGAACAUGGUACAGAGAGUUUUUUGAUGUUACACUUGUAGAAAAAAAGUUAUUAAAUACAACAUAUUCAAAAAUUGUUAAGAUUACCUGUAAGUGUGAGUGUGAGGAGUGAGAUUAAUGUAGAUUUGGUGCUAAUGUAUAAAGAAACAAAGGUAGAAAUGUCUGCCAUUUGGUAAAAGAAGGUUAUUUUAAAGUAUAUGAAGAAAGUAUUUAGAGGGAGGCUACAGACAGUUUUCAUUUCAGAGCUUUUCAUUUAAUUCAGCUUCAGAGAUUUCAGCGACAGUGUUCGUGUCAGUUAUCAGCAAUACUGCCUAAUGAAUAGUUGGUUGCCUGAUUUUUUUUUUCUCUUAUUUUGUGAAGGAAACAAAUAUGAUGUGACCAUAGGUUUACAUGGACCUAUAGGCUGGCCAAAAUGUAAUAAAAAAACAUUGUUCCAAA